CAUAUUGUUUUAGGAGAAUAUUUGAUCCUACAGAGAACAAUCGUCUUCUUCUGAGAAAAUCGUUCCGUGCAUGUCCUUCGAGAGGCCCUGUUGUUAUUCCCAACAUCGAUCUCGUCGGUUAUGCCUAUCAAUUCGAGGCUGUUUUGAACUUAUGUCGCGGAGUGGGAUAAGCAUAAAGGGAAAGAAGGCAGUGAUUGUUGGCAGAAGUAACAUUGUUGGAUUACCAGUUUCAUUGCUGCUUUUGAAAGCAGAUGCUACUGUUACCGUAGUCCAUUCCCGCACACCUGAUCCAGAGAGUUUCAUUCGCGAAGCGGACAUUAUUAUUGCUGACACAAGACAAGCAAUGAUGGUAGGCAAUUCAUAGAUUAUAGUUCCUUGG